UGUAGGUCACAGUUAUCAGCUUCACACUUGCUUUCUCGUUGCGGCAUGCUGUGACAUCUCUAGUGAAAGUAUUUAUUUGCUCUUAAAUAAUUGAGUUAGCUUUGAUUGUACUUAAUAUCUGUGUUUUUCUGUUAUUACUAAAACGUGAACUAUGAUUUGUCAAGUUAGCUAUAGCGCCUGAUCCAACUAUAUAACCUUGACUAAAUGGUUCAGCACUCUUACGUUAAUAAGAACACAUAGGGUUUUAAACAAAUUAUGUUACGGAAUAUUUGUAGGUAUCAAAGGCAGUUUGGCCAGGUCAUUUGGCCAUUUUCUUUUCCUCAAGGGCAGCAUGUUCCUAGUUUAUUAACACACCUACAAAAGGCAAAAUAUGCCAGUGACACAACAGAGAGAAAGAAGUUCUACGAGAAUGUCUCGAUAUCUCAAGGUGAAGGGGGCCUGUUUGAAAUAAACCUUGACAAGCGAAAGCUAAAGACUCCAGGUGGAAAGCUGUUCACAGUGCCUAAUGAAGCUCUUGCCAUAGCUGUUGCGACAGAGUGGGACGUUCAGAAGGACACACUGAAGUUUUACACCAUGCACUUAACCACCCUUUGCAACACAGCGCUUGAUAACCCAACACAAAGGACGAAGGAACGAAUGAUCUCAGCAGUUCUUAAGUUUUUGGAGACUGACACAAUCUGUUACAGAGUAGAAGAACCUCCAGGUCUUGUGGAACUUCAGGGAAAUGAAUGGGACCCUGUAAUGAACUGGAUAGAACAAAGGUACAAUGUAGUAAUUGGCUCGUCCUCCAGUAUAAUGGGCCCUCAAAUCCCAGAGGAGACUAAAGAGACAUUUCAGCAGCACCUUAAUUCCUACAAUUUAUGGUCUCUGACAGGGCUUGAGUAUGUGAUCACUCAGCUGAAAUCGCUGGUCUUGUCCUUUGGGCUGAUUGACAGACACCUCAGUGUGGAACAAGCGGUUGUCCUGUCCAGACUUGAGGAGGAAUACCAGAUCCAGAGAUGGGGAAAUGUGGAAUGGGCCCAUGAUUAUGACAUGUACGAGUUGCAAGCACGAACUGCUGCUGGUGCAAUGUUUGUGCAUCUGUCUUCUGAAAGCACAGCUGUCAAAAGAAAAAUUUUACAGGACUGAUAAGGCCAAAAAGGCACUGUUUGAGACUGAAAAAAUUUAUUUUUGUUCUCUGUCCUUGUUUGUUUAUAUAUAUAUAUAGUAAGCUGCAGUGACACCAGUUACCUAACCAGUAAAAUGCUGUUGCUGUCUAGUUAUGUUUUGAGUAAUAAUAUAGAUGUCUAAUUUAGUUUCAACGGCUACCACAUGGAAAGACUCUAAAUAAAAAAGUCCCAGUAUUUCAAUGUCAAAGCUGUGAAACGGUUUAGCUAAUACGUUGGAAAAUAAGUAAAUAAAGUUUUGAAAAAUUGUAAUCA